AUGUUUUCUAGGCAUCAAGCUUCACGGAUCGAGUUAUCGCAAGAUGACGUUGCAGAAUUUGAGAGAACCAUGCAAGAGGUAGAGGAAGAAUUGGCCAACGCGAUGGGAGGUACCAACGAAGAUCAACAACAAAUGAACUUACAAGGUGAUUUUGUGAUGGAAACAGGUAGCAAUCAUCAUGUUUCCACCGAUGUUAGAAUCGGAUACUCUCAACAAGAGUCAUCACGGAGAUAUUAA